AUAACUCAACUCACUCAAAACACCUCAAAGACCAAACCUAAAAAACACAAGAUCAUCAUCACAAUGAAGAUCUCUUUUCUCAUCACUCUCCUCUUGGCGACAGUGGCCUGCACCCACGGACAAGAACCGGUGAAAGACACUGCCGGGAAUUCUCUUGAGACAGGUCAGCAAUACUUCAUCCGGCCGAUCAAGACUGCGAGCCUCAAUGGUGGUGGUCUUGUUCCAGCCGCCAUUAAAUUUCCCCCUUGUCCACUUGGCAUCAACCAAGCACUCUUUCCGUUCCUACCGGGCCAACCGCUUAGCUUCCAGUUUGCUGACUCCGUCACAGAACCCAUCGUUAAGACAUCUACUGAUGUAACCAUCGAGUUCAACGCUAGCAAGCCGCUACCACUCUGCAACGAAUUUUCCUUUAUAUGGGAAGUUGAGUCCUCAUCGGCUUCCGAGCCAGCAAUUCUCCUCGGUGGUAUAGCGGGGAGCCAAAAUAGCCGGUUUAAGAUAGAGAAAGCCGGAGAAGGAUUAGGAGAAAACACUUAUAAGCUGACCAGCUUAGACGGGACCGUUGGAAGCGUCCCGGGUUUUUUUGGGGCACCAAAACUAGUUCUCACCAAUGAUGAUGCUAAGACCAUAUUCGUCAAAUUCAACAAAUAUAAUGAAGCUACUACAUCUGCUUCUCGUGUUGAGAAGUCCGGUCUAAGAAUGUUCCCAUUCUAAUAAUCAAGAUAAUGUAAUGUUAAGCCUAAAGACUCGUCCAUGGCCAAAAAUAAGGGGUUGAGAAAAUACCCGCACGCAUGUUUCUUUACUUUCCUCAUGAAUAUAUAAAAUUAAAUUAUAUAUGUUUUAUAA